CGAGGGGUGAAUGAAGUGCCCCCUGUUUCCCUGCCCCCCCUCCGCUGUCAUCCCUCUCCCGGUCCUCUCUGUCCCUCAGGACACUUCAAACUGAGCUCACAGCCAUGGAAGAAGAUUUGGAUCGCUAUGACCACGUACUCAUAGCAUGCACAAAGAUGGCCCCGUCGGUGAAGUACCUGUGGAAACUCAAGCAGACCUUCGUGCUCUUCCUCACGCCCUUCCUCCUCCUGCCUCUGCCUCUGCUCGUCCAGACCAAGGAGGCGGGCUGCGCCUAUGUGAUCAUCCUGAUGGCCGUGUAUUGGUGUACAGAAGCCAUGCCCCUGGCCGUGACCGCCCUGUUGCCUGCUCUGCUCUUCCCCAUGUUCGGCAUCCUGGAAUCCAAGAAGGUGUGCAUGCAGUAUCUGAAAGACACCAACAUGCUGUUCGUCGGGGGUCUGAUGGUGGCCGUGGCUGUGGAGCACUGGAACCUGCACAAGCGCAUUGCCCUGAGGGUGCUGCUCAUCGUCGGGGUCCGGCCAGCACUGCUGAUGCUGGGCUUCAUGGGGGUGACAGCCUUCCUGUCCAUGUGGAUCAGCAACACGGCCACCACGGCCAUGAUGGUGCCCAUCGUGCAGGCCGUGCUGGAGCAGCUCAGCAGCAGCGAGGCCGAGAUGCCGGAGAUCCGGAGCAGGGAUGAAGGGGAGCCCGAGGAGAAACAGCAGAGCAACACGAAGGAUGGCCAUGUGGUGGUGAAUGGGCUGGGGCUGGCGGAGCCCGCUCGCCGUGAAGAGGCGUCCGAGAAGAGGAGGAUGGGUAAAGGGAUGACUCUGUGUGUGUGCUACGCUGCCAGCAUCGGGGGCACCGCCACCCUCACCGGCACGGGCCCCAACCUCGUCCUCAAGGGCCAGAUGAACCAGCUGUUCCCCCAGAAUGGGGAUAUCAUCAACUUCGCCUCGUGGUUCGGGUUCGCUUUCCCCAACAUGAUCCUGAUGCUGACCAUCGCCUGGCUCUGGCUGCAGUUCGUCUUCAUGGGAUUCAACUUCAAGAAGACAUGGGGCUGCGGGGCGGAGAAGUCGGAGAAGGAGGUCGCCGCCUACAACGUGAUCAAGGAGGAGCACCGGCGGCUGGGGCCCAUGUCGUUCGCCGAGGUCAACGUGCUGGCGCUCUUCGCCCUGCUCAUCCUGCUGUGGUUCACGCGCGACCCGGGCUUCGUGCCUGGCUGGGCCACACACCUCUUCAACACGGACGCCGAGUAUGUGACUGAUGCCACCGUCGCCGUCUUCAUCGCGGUGCUCCUCUUCAUCAUCCCCUCCAAAAAACCACGACUCUGCUUCUGGAGGUCCGAGAGUUAUGAGACAGAGCCCCAGUGCCAAAGAGUCCCGGCCCCGCUGCUCAGCUGGAAGGUGGUGCAGAAGAAGUUGCCCUGGAACAUCGUCUUGCUGCUGGGUGGCGGCUUCGCCCUGGCCAAGGGCAGCGAGGAGUCCGGCCUGUCCAAGUGGCUGGGGGGCCAGAUGACCCCGCUACACACCAUCCCCCCCUGGGCCAUCGCCAUCAUCCUGUGCCUGCUGAUCGCCACCUUCACCGAGUGCACCAGCAACGUCGCCACCGCCACGCUCUUUCUGCCCAUCCUGGCCUCCAUGUGCCAGUCUAUCGGCGUGAACCCCCUGUAUAUCAUGGUGCCCUGCACACUCAGCACUUCCUUCGCCUUCAUGCUGCCCGUGGCCACUCCUCCCAACGCCAUCGUCUUCUCCUACGGCUACCUGAAGGUCUCGGACAUGGCCAAGACGGGGAUUGUGAUGAAUGUGAUCGGGAUCAUCUGCAUCACCCUGGCCAUUAACACCUGGGGCAAGGCCAUGUUCGACCUGGACUCCUUCCCCGCCUGGGCCAACACCACUGGGGUGUGAGGGACAGCACCCGGCCUUAGUCCCCGGGGAGGGACAGUGAGGGCCCCUCUUGCCCUCCUAGCGGGGGGCAGCACAGAGAUGCCCCAGCCUUUUCCACGGCGGGUCGAACCUCAGGGCUGGACUGCUUCUGCACUCUGACACGGACUCACUGGCUGGCAGCUGGAGCGCAGGGGACGAGGGCUUUUUUAACCGGAGCACUAGGUGGCCUCUUCGUAGUUGAGCAGAUUUCCUUAGAAUGUGGCAAUACGGUGUAAGUGACCAUAGCGUUAUGGAGUACCAGCCAGCCCAUGCUAGAAGCAACACUCCUGUGUCCGUAGCCCUGUACAAGCAAGGAGAAACAGCAAGUCAGUCGGCCGCAUCUCCCAAGUCCCCUUCUUACACCUGGCUCACCCCCCCCUCCCCGCCUCCCGAAUUUGAUGCAUCAGAUCCUUUCAGCUUUACACACAGACUCCUACAGCCACGCCAGCAAAAACCAGAGACCUGAGCCCCCUUCUCCAUGUAGCCAUGCUGCAGAAUAAGUGCCUUGUCAACAAUUUUGUAUCAAUGAGCUGAAAGGGUCAAACCUGCUCCUUCCUUGCUUUCCCCCACUGCGUCAGUCAGCCAGGACAGCUCUUCCGUUUCGCCAUCCGAAUCGAUUUUCCUCUGGGCUUGAUUUUGAGACGGGAGCCCGUGACAGCGGCUCCGUUUUCGAGCCUCUGGCUGUAAAAUUAAUAACUGGCACUCCUUUGGAAAUGGGUCUGCUGGUUUAUCCCUUAGUUUUGUUUCAUUGUAGCUCCCAGCGCAUCAUCAUCACAGGUCUCGAACGCACCUCUGAGCACAACUGGUUCUCCUCAAGGUGAAUCACAGCUCGGCAGUGAAGUGAACCGAUUCCUCUCCUCCACACUAUGUGUUUUUCACAUCACAUUAAAAUGCACCCUACCCUCGACUAUUACAAGUUACAACAUUUCAAGCUGCUGAUCUGGACAAUUUUUAGAACAGUUUUUUAAAGCUUUAUAGAAAGUAUUUAUUUUUUUGUGUAGCUGUGAGUUGAUUUCUGUUGCUAAGCGUGAUUAACCAUUUAAUCAUUGUUGUGUUAUCAUCACUGUCAUUCUAACUGUGGUAAUUUUGUAGUUUAACUUAAAAUUAACAUUCCCAAGUAUUUAUAUAUAAACAGCACAUUUAACUGUUAUUAGAGGUGUGAUUGCACCCUAAUUCUAUGCAAUAAUUCUCGUGAGUGAGUUUUUUUAGAUCUCUUAAAAAAGGAAAAGUAUAUUUUCAAUUUCUCUUUAUUUUGUAUGGUGUAUAAUUGUGAACAACUGAAAAAUUGUGUUCAAUGGAUAAACACUUUUCAAGGAAUGGUGCUUCGAUACAAUACGUGUAAUGCUUGAAAACAUUCUUCUGUAGGUAUUGAUUUGGUUACCCCUGUUAAUUUUGUGUUUGUUCGUGUUCAUCUAUAAGAAAACUAUUUUUAGUAUCUCCCUCCAGGCUCACACACUGCUCUUGUGUUCAGAAAAUAAACUUUCCAAUAAAAGCUUCACCGUCCCAAAGAGGUGAGACAAAGUUAAUAUACAUAUUCCUGUUUGUAAGGCCCAUGUCCUGUAUACCAGAAUAAAACAAAUAUCAAGACUGCGCGUGCUGGAUUGGCCUGAUCUCAACAUGUAAUAGCUCGCUUGUCUCUUGGUCUUAGAAGCAAACCUUUCCUCAAAAAGUAAACAUUUUUUAUCAAUGAAAGCACAAUGAGCCUCCAAACAACACCCUUCAAGUUUAGGAAUCCCAUGGCUUCUGUCCUGGUUGUAAAUUGACUGUGUGGUCUGAACUGGGCUCCAGUGGAGCAGAAUCCAUAUGAAACUCGAUCUGAAUGGAAGGGAAGCAGCAUGAAAGACCCUUUAGCGGCAGUCCUGGAGAAAAUGGCAGAGUAAUAAUUACUGCUCUAAAGUGAAUGAUUAGUUUGUAUCUCCGGUGAUUCACAGAGCUGUCCUGCACUCAGACGGGAUGACGAUCUUCUUUUUUAGGCUGCCGUCGUCAGAAGAUGUUAACGCCAACUCGGGGCAUUAGUCAUUCAAAUCAAAGCUCAGACGAUGCAAUUAGGUCAUGUGUUCCCGAAAUUGGAGGGACCUGAGCCCUCCGUGAUUUAGAGAUACAACGAAUGCCAUUCGAAAGUCUGAGAAGAAAGACUCCGAUACCUAGAAACGCACAGAUGUCUUGAUUUUUUAUGUGAAAGCUGAGAAUCAUGUUGAAUGAAAAGGUUCACCAUGAAGUAUUUCUGCAGAAUUUCUUUCCGAAUUGUCAUUUUUGUGCUGUAGAAGAAGUGAGGGAUGUUCCAGCUCAUAAUUGAGUAAGCAGGGCCUUGCGCCAAAGACAACACAAAAGGAGAAAUGUGGAAAUGUUGAUCGAUUUUACAGUCCUCAGCAUUUUGUAGGUGGGUGUGGUACUAAUGUUCCCGAACCACUGGGGACAAAUUAAUUCAGCAAUCCAUCAGAUUUUGCAAUGUACUGUAUUUAACUUGGCAUGAUUCCACCAAGGUGAAAUUGUGCACCAUUUCUGGGAUGUUUUGGUGACAUUCUGUAAUUUUUUUUAUCAGGCUUGCACGAGACCCGUUUUGGAGAAAUGUGGUUCUAAUAAGCAAGUAUUCAAGUUUGAAAAGGAAAAUGUGGGAUAAAAUUCUUCUAGUCUUUUUUUCUCCAGUUUAACACUGUUCUAACAAGUGGAUCUUGAUACUGUCGGUGCAAUGUGCAAUAACACGGCUAGCAAAAAAUACGUUUUGUGUUUACUCAUUUGCUGACCUAUUGUAAGUCCUGUAAUUAAAAUAUUAAGGAAAAUUA